AUGAUCUCCUGGCAAGUGCAAAAUGGGGCAAAUCAAACCAUGAUCACAGAAUUCAUUCUCCUGGGGUUUGAGGGUGGUCAGAAUCUGCAAACUGUUCUCCUGUUGCUGUUUUUGGCAAUUUACAUUGUGACCAUCUCUGGGAACCUUAUCAUCCUUCUGCUUGUUGUGUCUGACCAGCACCUUCACACACCCAUGUAUUACUUCCUAGGGAACUUGUCUUGCUUGGAGACCUUCUACAGCUCCACCAUUCUGCCCAGGAUGCUCUAUAGUCUCUUUACAGGGGACAGGUCCAUUUCAUUCACUGCUUGUGUCACACAGUUUUACAUUUUUGGCAUACUUGUUACUACAGAGUGCUUCCUCCUAGCCGCAAUGUCCUUUGAUCGUUACUUAGCCAUAUGCAAGCCAUUGCAUUAUGCUAUCCAAAUGACAGACAGAUUGUGUCUUCAACUGGCUGCUGGUUCCUGGGUGAGUGGGGGCUUAGCUGCUACCAUAACCACAUCUCUCAUGUCCCAGUUAGUCUUUUGUGGCCCUAAUGAGAUUGACCACUUCUUUUGUGAUAUUGGCCCAGUCAUUGACUUGUCAUGCAGUAAUACGCAUACAAUAGACACCUCAAUUUUAAUAUUGUCAUCACUGUGUGCCUUUCCUCCUUUCCUGUUGACCCUGGCAUCCUAUGUUUGCAUCAUCACCUCCAUCCUGAAGAUCUCUUCGCGUUCCAGCAGGCAGAAGGUUUUCUCUACUUGCUCCUCUCACCUGAUAAUGGUGACAGUUUUCUAUGGGACACUGAUUAUAGUCUACAUUGUACCCAAGACAAGCAUCCUGAGAGACUUGAACAAAGUUUUUUCUCUCCUGUACACCAUAUUGACUCCCCUUCUCAACCCCAUCGUAUAUAGCUUAAGAAACAAUGAUGUCAAGGAGGCCCUUAAAAAGGGUUCUAUGAAAUUUGCAAUUCAUACAGGAAUUUAG